CUACAUCUCAUUCUAUAGUACCUACGCUACGUAAUGGACAGGACCGAACGGAGUUGAUCUACUGUGGCUAAUCCUAGUGGAUUCCGUCUGUGUGGCAAACGCCUAGGUAGGAGAAAGGGGAGAACGGAAUGACGGCGUUUACAGAGCAGGACAAAACUGAUAUGUUACCUGUAUUGUUCAUAACAGAAUGAAGAAAAUACCAAGACACACUCAAAUUAGAUGCAAGCCUUAAAAACAGAUUUUUUUAAACGGAUUUAACUCUUGGAUCAGAACGGAAAGAUUUCUAGUCGAACAGGACUGGAAAAUGAACAUGGAUGUCGGAGUAACGAUGGCAUCUUUGUGUAGUUAAAUCCAUUUCUAUCUUCUUUCUGGCACUAAAACUGCGCCGGCCGAAGUUUGCUCUAUAUUCAACUAUCGAUCAUAGCUGUGUGAAGUUUCUGGAUAUUGUCUGGAACUGGAACACGCUGUCAUACACGUCGAUCCAGAGCAUCCCAAACAUGCACAAUGGGUGACAUGUCCGAUGAGUCGUCUAUGGAGGCGUGACGUGCCCCUGUCUGAUCGGCUAGGACUACUCCCUGGUCCCCGUCCCACCAUGCCCCCCCCGGGCCCAAACAUCUCCUGGUUCCCAGAGGCCCCCCUGCUGACCUCAGAACAGCCCACCUUCCUGAUGACCCCCGCUGCCCAGGCCGUGUCAGGCUUCUUCGUCUGGACCGCCCUACUCUUCACCUGCCACCAGAUUUACAUGCACCUGCAGUACUACAGUUCUCCUAAUGAGCAGAGACACAUCGUGCGGAUCCUCUUCAUUGUGCCCAUCUAUGCCUUUGACUCCUGGCUCAGCCUCCUCUUCUUCACUAAUGAGGAGUACUAUGUCUACUUUGACACCGUCAGGGACUGCUAUGAGGCGUUUGUCAUCUAUAACUUCCUCAGCCUGUGUUAUGAGUACCUGGGAGGAGAGAGCGUCAUCAUGGCUGAGAUCAGAGGAAAACCUAUUCAGUCCAGUUGUAUUUACGGUACAUGCUGUCUCUGGGGGAGGAGUUACUCCAUUGGGUUCCUGCGGUUCUGUAAGCAGGCCACGCUACAGUUCUGUGUGGUCAAACCCCUCAUGGCCAUGGUCACAGUCAUCCUACAGGCCUUUGGAAAGUACCGCGACGGAGACUUCAAUGUGAACAGUGGGUACCUGUAUGUGUCCAUCGUCUACAACAUCUCAGUCAGCCUGUCUCUCUACGCCCUCUUCCUCUUCUAUUUCUCCACCCGGGAUCUGCUCAGCUCCUACAGCCCCCUGCUCAAGUUCUUCAUGGUCAAAUCUGUCAUCUUCCUCUCAUUCUGGCAGGGCAUGUUGCUGGCCAUCCUAGAGAAGUGUGGGGCCAUCCCCAAAAUCAACUCACCCGAGGUGUCAGUGGGAGAGGGAACGGUUGCCGCCGGUUACCAGAACUUCAUCGUCUGCAUCGAGAUGUUCUUUGCCUCCCUGGCCCUGCGUCAUGCAUUCACAUACAGGAUCUAUAUGGACAAGAGGCUGGACUCUCAGGGCUCAGUUCCUAUGUAUGGAGAGUCUGGUCGCUGUGCCCCAAUGAAGAGCAUCUCCAGCAGCCUGAAGGAGACGAUGAACCCUGGAGACAUGGUCCAGGAUGCUAUCCAUAACUUCUCCCCGGCCUACCAGCAGUACACCCAGCAGUCCACCCUGGAACAGGGUCACUCUGCCCCGCCAGUGUCCCGCACCAUCAGCACCAUCAGCACCCGCGACAACGAGAAGACCCUGCUGCUCAGCUCGGAUGACGAGUUCUAAGUUAACACACACCAGCCCCAGCCAAUCACCUCUUUACUGACUGCUGGGGUGAGGUACUACCUCCUGGUCUUAUGGAGUAUUGGUAGGGGAUUUAAAGUGUGUUGUUUGGGGUUGGCAUCGACCUCAAUACAGGGAUACAGGACCAUAUCACUUAGCCUGGUCCAUUCAAUAUCCUCUACUACACACAAUUCAGGACUUUACAGGAACUCUUCUCUUGGUAGAAUAUACACUUAUUGGGAACAUGAUGUUAUGGUUGAAAAACUUCAAUGGUUGGUUAUAUAGGACUUAUAGGGAUUUUCUGAGAGAAUUAUACUUCACUUAUUAGAGAGACAUUUAUGGUUUGAAUAAAAGUGAUUUUAUCGUUACAAAAUGUGUCUGCUAGCUAGCUAACAUCCAAUGACGAUGAUGGCCCAUACUAUAUUUAUAUUUAUAUUAAAGUACUUUGGCUAUG